AAAUUGUUUUGUGCUCCAUGUAUCUGCCGCUGCUCUUCUGGGUAUUACGGUAGCCCCCUGGCCACGCCCCUAGAUGCCUCUGCUCGUGGAUUGGACAGCUGGCGUCACAUGACCAAGGAAGAGCGGAAGCAGAGGGCUCGACAGCAGGAGGAAGGACCAGUUGCCGCUGUCACGAUGCAGAGCACCACCAACUACUUGUGGCUGAUCUCGGACCUUCUGGGUCAGGGAGCGACGGCCAACGUUUACCGUGGACGUCACAAGAAAACCGGAGACCUUUACGCCGUCAAGGUCUUCAACAACCUGAGCUUCCUGCGGCCGCUCGACGUCCAGAUGAGAGAGUUCGAGGUUCUGAAGAAACUCAACCACAAGAACAUCGUCAAACUGUUCGCUGUGGAGGAGGAGUCCAACACUCGUCAUAAGGUCCUGGUCAUGGAGUACUGUCCCUGUGGGAGUCUCUACACGGUCCUGGAGGAGGCGUCCAACGCCUACGGUCUCCCCGAGGACGAGUUCCUCAUCGUUCUUCACGAUGUGGUGGCAGGUAUGAACCACCUGAGGGAGUACGGCAUCGUCCACAGGGACAUCAAACCGGGAAACAUCAUGAGGGUGAUCGGAGAGGACGGACGCUCCGUCUACAAGCUCACGGACUUCGGAGCCGCGAGGGAACUGGAGGACGACGAGCAGUUUGUGUCUCUGUACGGGACAGAAGAGUACCUGCACCCUGACAUGUACGAGCGCGCCGUGCUGAGGAAGGAUCACCAGAAGAAGUACGGCGCCACCGUGGACCUGUGGAGCAUCGGCGUCACGUUCUACCACGCCGCCACCGGCAGCCUCCCCUUCAGACCCUUCGAAGGACCGCGCAGGAACAAGGAGGUCAUGUAUAAGAUCAUCACAGAGAAACCGUCAGGGACCAUCUCUGGUCUCCAGAAGUGUGAGAACGGGAAGAUCGAGUGGAGCUCAGAGAUGCCGGCGUCCUGCAGCCUGUCCAAGGGCCUGCAGAGCCUCCUGAUCCCGGUCCUUGCUAACAUCCUGGAGGCCGACCAGGAGAAGUGUUGGGGCUUCGACCAGUUCUUCACGGAGACCAACGACAUCCUGCACAGGAACGUGGUCUACGUGUUCAGCCUGCAGCAGGCCACGCUGCACCACGUCUACAUCUACGAGUACAACACGGCGGCGCUGUUCCAGGAGCUGUUGUGCCGUAGGACCAGUAUUCCCGUCCACAACCAGGAGCUGCUGUACGAGGGACGGCGCCUCCUGCUGGACCCCAGCCGCCAGGCCAAGACCUUCCCCCAGACCUCCAGAGAGAACCCGCUGAUGCUGGUCAGCCGCGAGUCCCUGGCCACCGUGGGACUCAUCUUUGAAGACCCCAGUCUUCCUAAAGUCCAGCCGCGCUACGACCUGGACCUGGACGCCAGCUACGCUAAGACAUUUGCAGGAGACGUUGGACAUUUAUGGAAAACCUCCGAGUCUCUGCUGGUUUAUCAGGAGCUGGUGAGGAAAGGAGUCCGAGGUCUGAUUCAGCUGAUGAAGGACGACUUCACUGAGAUUCAGCACAAGAAGUCGGAGGUUUUCCAUCUUUGUAACUACUGCACCCAGACUCUGGAGAAGACGGAACAGCUGUUCGAGGUUCUGAUGCAGGCCAACAUGUUGUCAUCAGAGUAUGAUGAGAUCUCAGACAUGCACAAGAAAAUCCUCAGAGUCUCUGGGUCUCUGGAGCCCAUUGAACGAACGUCUCAGGACAUAAAGAGUAAGUUCCUUCCUGGAGGACUCCUGACCGACACCUGGACACAACAAGUUGGAACGCAUCCCGAGGACAGGAAUGUGGAGAAAAUCAAAGUCCUGCUGGACGCCAUCACUGCCAUCUACCAGCAGUUCAAGAAGGACAAAGCAGAGAGACGUCUUCCCUAUAACGAGGAGCAGAUCCAUAAGUUUGAUAAACAGAAGUUGGUCCUUCAUGCCAGUAAAGCUCGGUCUCUGUUCACGGAGGAAUGUGCCAUGAAGUAUCGGCUGUUCAUCUCCAAGAGCGAAGAGUGGAUGAGGAAGAUUCAUCACGUCAAGAAGCAGGUGCUCGGUCUGUCUGGUCAGCUGAUCAGUAUCGAGAAGGAGGUGACGAUGCUGAUGGACCGAACCAUCAAGCUCCAGGAGCAGCUGCCUCAGAAGCUGCUUCCUCUGGUCUCCAGUGGGAUGAAACCUCAGGCGUAUCUGAGCCAGAACACGCUGGUGGAGAUGACUCUGGGGAUGAAGAAGCUGAAGGAGGAGAUGGAGGGAGUCGUGAAGGAGCUGGCUGAGAACAACCACUUCCUGGAGAGGUUCGGGACUCUGACGCUGGACGGAGGCCUGAGAGGCUGAGACGUCGCUCUGUCUGUACAUAGCCUGUGUUUACCUGUAAAUACCUGAGAGGAGGAGAAAGAUGCUGGAGACACUUUCAUGUGGGAAACAAACAAACUUGAUUAACCUGAGGAGAACCUCAUCCUGAGCGAGGCGGGUUCUGUCUUCUUGUUUCAUGUCAGGAGCUUUUUAUUGACGAGCUUCAACCCUUCAGAUGUUCAGAGAAGCAUUAACAUUGGAAUCAGGUUUAAAAGGUUUCAUCCUUCUGCACGGACCUCAUGUUUUUUUAUGUUUUAAAAGCUCGAGUAACCCUCCUGUCCUCUCAUCUUAUUACGAAUGAACAUUUUAGAGUUAAAAUAAAAGGAUGAAGCAGAAGAUCCUGAUUAAAUCCGACCUUUAUUUACUCUCUUCCUCUGUAAAGUCCUUUCUUUCUUUGUCAGCAGUCUGUAAAUAAAUACAUGUGCGAUGUUUCAGUCUGUCUACGCUGGUGAAGGUGAGUCUGGUCUAUAGUCACUGGUUCAGUCUGGAGCUUCAGCCUCAAUAAAUGAGAUCCUGUCAAAAUAAUUCAUUAUUAUUAUAAAUAAUUCAUUAUUUAAAGCCUCUUCUAA